ACCUAGAACUUCUUUUACAUUUUCUUUGCUUUAUCACUCUUAUCACAACUUUUUUAUCGUCAUUUCUAUUUGAUUUAUUAUAUUUUAAGCUUACCUUUAUACUUUUUACCGCUCUUAAUGUUAUUUCUUGUUAUCAAUCUGUCACUUUAAUUACAUAAUUGUAAAGAAACUUUCCAAAAUAGAUGCGUGUUUAUUCAAAUUUAGACUGUAGUUAUUUUGCAAAAUGCCUUAUAUCUCAAAAGUGUUUCUUCAAACUUCGUUUAUCUAUUCAUCUCGAACCAGAAUGAAACCACAUUUUAGAACUAUCAGAGCCAGCACUGGAAGUGAUUCCUCCAUUCACUUGAAGCUUAUGUCUACUGCAACAUCUUCGGGUGUCAGAAAUGAGGAGUGCUUUGAUUUGACAAUAAUCGGAGGAGGAAUUGUCGGGAUGGCUACCGCUCGAGAGUUGAAGACGCGCUUGCCUACGUUGUCCAUAGCCGUUUUAGAGAAGGAGCAGCAAUUGGCUUCUCACCAAUCCGGGCGUAAUAGUGGUGUGAUUCAUGGAGGAAUCUAUUACAAGCCUGGAUCACUACGCGCCAAGCUCUGUGUGGAAGGGCUGAAACUGAUGUACGAUUACUGUGAUAAGCAUAACAUCCCUUACAAGAAAGUUGGUAAACUAAUUGUGGCAACCAAUGAGGUUGAAGUUGAAAGACUGGAGGAGCUGAUGAAACGUGGUUUGGCCAACGGAGUACCAGACUUGAAAAUGAUCGAUGGAUCACAAAUAAAAGAAAUCGAACCCCACUGCAAGGGAUUGAAGGCUGUGCAUUCACCCCAUACUGGGAUUGUGGAUUAUGGCCUGGUGACCAGAACGUAUGGUUCAGAGUUUACAAAAAUGGGAGGUAAAAUAUUCCUAGGUUUUAACGUUAGCCAGAUACUGACUGCAUCUGAAGGCACUUCUAGCAAUAGAGACAUUACGAAAUUUCCUAUUCGAGUACUGGGAAGUGACAGAAAUCAGGGAUUGAAGGCUGUGCAUUCACCCCAUACUGGGAUUGUGGAUUAUGGCCUGGUGACCAGAACGUAUGGUUCAGAGUUUACAGAAAUGGGAGGUAAAAUAUUCCUAGGUUUUAACGUAAGCCAAAUAGUGACUGCAUCUGAAGGCACUUCUAGCAAUAGAGACAUUACAAAAUUUCCUAUUCGAGUACUGGGAAGUGACAGAAAUCAGGGAUUGAAGGCUGUGCAUUCACCCCAUACUGGGAUUGUGGAUUAUGGACUGGUGACCAGAACGUAUGGUUUAGAGUUUACAAAAAUGGGAGGUAAAAUAUUCCUAGGUUUUAACGUUAGCCAGAUACUGACUGCAUCUGAAGGCACUUCUAGCAAUAGAGACAUUACGAAAUUUCCGAUUCGAGUACUGGGAAGUGACAGAAAUCAGGUUCCUGAUCCACGUUUUCCAUUUCUUGGAGUGCAUUUUACACCUAGGAUGAAUGGAGAAAUUUGGCUGGGUCCUAACGCAUUAUUAGCUUUCAAAAGAGAAGGCUAUAGAAAACUGGAUAUAAAUUUGAAAGAAUUGUAUGAAAGUUUAUCACACAAAGGGCUUCAGAAAUUUUUCUACAAAUAUUUCUCCCUGAGUCUCAACGAGCUGUGGAAGUCUGUAGUAACAAGUGGUCAGAUAAAAGAUUUGCAAAAAUUUGUACCAGAUAUCAAAGCAAACGAUGUGAUAAGUGGUCCAUCUGGAAUUCGUGCUCAAGCCAUGGAUGUUGAUGGCAAUCUAAUAGAGGACUUUGUGUUCAGUGGGAGAGGCCGCAUUCUCCAUUGUCGCAAUGCCCCCUCGCCUGGAGCCACCUCCUCAUUAGCAAUCGCAAAGAUAUUGGCCGAUAAAGUAGUUCACAAUUUAAGAUCCUUAUGAUAGUUGUUACUCUCUUAGGGCCGGUUUCCGAGCUCGGAAAUUAGCUAGACUUUAAACAGCUGAAGUCAGAGAAUUAGCUUCCGAAACGGGACGUAGUCACAGUCCACGUUUAAAUUAAAUUUCGAAAAACUAUAAAAUUAGAACUGAAACUAUAAUUAUCACAGAAUAAAAUAAAGAGAAAAUUGUGUAAAGUUGCAGCUAUUUUGAAUGAUUUAGGAGUGUUUCAUUCCGUUAACGAAAAAUGUUUCCAAUUAUAGAAAUGAGAAAAUAAAUAUUAUUUUGUUUCGACUAGUUACUGCGACUAAGUCCCGUUUUGCCCCCUGUGGGUUGGGGGAGCUUUGAGUCAAUCAUCGUACUCAAGAAUGUGUUGAAAACCAGAAUUCACCCACAGUAUCCAUGCUUGUCGUAGGAGGCGACUAAAAUGGACCUCAAGGCAA